GUCAGUGUCCGAUGACGCAACUCCAAGAUGGCGCCGGUCGGGGAGGCGGAGGAAGGAACCGGGAGGGGUCGGUGUCCCGGUGCUUUAUGUGUGGUGAUCGUGCCCCCCGAGCAAAUGGACCCUCGUCCCCUGUUCCAGGCGGUGGACGCCCUGUGCCAGGAUAACAUCUGUCACUUUGGGGAGUCCACUUCCGAUGUGGCCUCGCGUCUGGUUCAAGCUUUCUCUCGGAUCCGGGAGCAGGCGCAGGGGUUGGAACCGGCGGUGCGGGCCCUGGCUGCCGUGUGCCCGCUUUUUGACCUAGACCCCGACACCCCAGCGAAUGGAUACCGCAGCCUGCUGAAGGUGGUGCUCUCCUGCACCCAGCACAUCCUGCACAAGUGCCGCUAUGUCACCGCCAGCCGCCGGAGCCUUUUCUUCAGAGCCGCGCACAACUGCGCAGAGCUGGAAGCCUACGGAGCUGCCCUCACUCAGCUGCGCGCCCUGCUCUGCUUCGCUCAGCGCCUGCUUACCGCUAACCGCCACGGAGACCUCUUCUUCCGGCAGGAGCGAGGACUCUCGGAGGAGUUUCUGCGAGAGUACAGCACCAUGCACAAGGGCUGCUUCUACGGACGCUGCCUCGGCUUCCAGUUCACCCCCUCCAUCCGCCCAUUCUUGCAAACCAUCUCCAUUGGAUUGGUGUCGUUCGGAGAGAAUUAUAAGCGUCACGGGUCUGGAAUCACCGAGGGAGCACUUACAACUUACUACGGUGUAGCCGCCAGCUCCUUCUUUAUAAGCGGACGAUAUGCCAUAGAUCCCGAGUUACGGGGAGCAGAGUUUGAGAGAAUCACGCAAAACCUGGAUGUGAAUUUCUGGAAAACCUUCUGGAACAUUACAGAAAUGGAAGUUCUCACCUCCCUAGUGGGUAUAGCAUCCACCACUGUGCGUAUCAACAAGAUACUAAUUCUACCGCCGGAGCCCAUAGAGAUGCCCUUGGCCUCUGAUCCUCAGCGAACAGUAACCAUCAACCCUCCGGUAGCUCAUACCGGCCCUGGACCCGUACAUACGCGCCUCAUCUCCUAUCAGCUACGGGAGGGACAGGAAAGUGAAGAGCUGAAUGCUUUUGUAAAACCUGAAGGUUCUCUGAGCUUGGAUCUUCGCCUCAGAUCCCGUCCAGGGCCCCUCUCCCCCGACCUCAUCAUUCACUUCCAUGGUGGAGGCUUUGUGGCCCAGACGUCAAAGUCUCAUGAACCAUAUCUAAGGACAUGGGCCCAGGAACUGGAAGCCCCCAUUCUUUCUGUAGAUUAUUCGCUCGCCCCCGAGGCCCCAUUCCCACGAGCCCUGGAAGAGUGUUUCUAUGCCUACUGCUGGGCGUUAAGACACUGCCGACUGCUUGGAUCCACUGGAGAACGCGUGUGCCUGGCUGGUGACAGUGCUGGCGGUAACCUGUGUAUAACAGUUUCACUCCGAGCUGCCUCUGUUGGAAUCCGGAUGCCAGAUGGGAUAAUGGCGGCCUAUCCAGCAACCUUGUUACAAGCCACAGCCUCGCCUUCUCGUCUGCUAACCCUAAUGGACCCUCUGCUUCCACUCAGCGUUCUGUCUAAGUGUCUGAGUGCAUACGCAGGUACUGAAAGAGUCCCAGUGGAGGAUCGGGAAGUUGAAAAGCAAAGUGCCGUCAGUCAAGUGAAAAGAGGGACUGCUCUGUUUCUAAGAGACAUCCGUCAGGGGGCAGCCUCCUGGCUGAGUACAUUCAUGGAUGGAGGAAAAGACAAGGGAAGCCCAGAAACUGUGCGGAAAAGCGUGUCAGAGGCAGCUCUGAUGGAGGAGACGACGGGAAAGCGCAGAGUGUCCUUGAAAAGCAAGACCUACCAAGACCUCAGCCACCAUCAGUACAAUGAGCAAGUGGUUGGCCCAGACCUGUACGGUCUGCAGAAUGGAGGACAAAGCCUGACAGGGGCACAAAGUCAUCAGAAAACCAGCAACAACCUACAGCCUUCCCCGUCUGCAUCUGAACAAACCAGAGGCAGAGCGCAGCUUUCUCCCUGCAGUCCUGAGAAGCAGGAGGUCAACUUCUUCCUGACAGAGAGCGAGAGUGAAAGCGAGCAUCAUGAACACUCGUUUGAUAGCGAGACCUCCACGCACUCCAAGGAGAAUAUUCCCCCGGUGCACUCUGGUGAGGAUAAACCAUCCUCACCCUCCAUUUCUCAUCCACUUGGAUUUCCGGAAGGGUUUCAGCCCUUACGUUCUCAGAAUGGUGUAGCCCAUAUGACCCUACAGACCUCAGCCAUUGUCCAUAACCCGUAUAUGUCCCCUCUGCUGGCUCCUGACAGCAUGCUUCUUGGAUUACCACCGAUACACAUUGUGGCUUGCGCUCUCGACCCAAUGCUGGAUGACUCCGUCAUGUUCGCGAAACGGUUGCGUGCACUGGGUCGCCCCGUCACGUUGCAGGUUGUAGAAGAUCUUCCUCACGGCUUUCUCAGCUUGUCCCAGCUUUCACGGGAAACCCGAGCAGCCACGGCGGUGUGCGUCCAACGCAUACGGCAGAUCUUAAGAGAAGACUUUCCGGCCCCGUCGGCCGCCGCUCCGCGCAAACAUCGCAAGUUGGAAAGGACCCUGGGAACCAGCCCGGUGACCGAGCGGGAAAUUGGUGCUUGAAACUUCCUUCUAUUCAUUUUAACGCGGUGCAAUAAUCCAAUCUCAUUUCAGACACCGAGCACUCCUCUUAAAUUAUUCUAUUUAACCAAGAGUUUUAAGUACGAGGUAACCCUGCGGACCGUGGAACAGCUGGACGUUCUGUGUAAAUGUAAGAGAAUAGAGAAGGUUUGUACGACAAAACAAGCUGGUGUUGGGUUAUUUUGUAGGUGGAUUGGAGGAAGCAGGUUUUCACCGACUAGUUGUGUGCAAUAUCUGAAUUGGUGCUCGGUAUAGACUAUGAAACCAAAGAACAAA